UUAUUGACAUCGCUGGUAGCUAUCAAUGCGACAAUCAGAACGGCCGCCGAACAUAUCGGCGACGAUGGCCGUGACGAUGGUCUGCUGAAUGCCGUCAAAAAGUUGGCCACCGAUCGCUUGUGUACCGAUGUGUGCCGGUGUCACGGGUUUACUGUUGACUGUUCCCAAAGGGGUUUGACAUCACUGCCCAAACAUAUACCCACCACUGUCCGUGAACUAAUUCUUAAUCAAAAUAAAAUCUCCGGCUUUUCUAAUAAUGACUUCAGUGGUCUCUUCGGUCGUAAUUUGAAGCGACUUAUGCUUAAUGAUAACCGACUGAUACGACUGCCGACAAAUAUAUUUGAAUCACUGCCUAAUCUUGAAGCUCUGAGUUUAUCGGGAAAUCAAAUUAAGACUAUCAAUAACUUUGCAUUCAAAGGACUCAAACAGUUGGCAAUUCUUGAUUUGCAUAACAACCAAAUUGAUGACAUUGACCAACAAGCGUUUGAUGAUUUGCAAUCACUUAAAAUAUUAGAAAUUAACGAUAAUUUAUUGAAAUCACUGCCAAAUGCUAUUUCAACAUUACAUUCAUUACGCGAAUUGACUAUCGCUAAUAAUCACAUUAAAUAUUUGGAAAGUAUUUCAUUCAAAAAUAACCCUUUUUUGACAAUUAUUGAGAUUAAAGGCAAUCCUUUAGAAGAUGUGUCUUCUGAUACUUUCACUAAUUUACCAAAUCUUAAAAAAUUAUCAUUAUCAGAAUUAAGAAAAUUAGAAGAGUUGCCAAACUUUUUGGGUACCAAUUCAUUAGAGCACUUGAAGAUCGAUAGGGCAGAGCUCCACACCAUUCCUGAGACACUCUGCAGACAAACACCUCGUUUAAAAAGCCUAAUUGUUAAAUCUAAUAAAAUUAAUUCAUUGCCUAAUCUCAGCACUUGUCGUGAACUCAAACUUUUAGAUUUAAGUUAUAAUCGCAUCAAAUCAUUUGGAAGCGGACCUAUGUUUUCCAAUCAAUCAAAAUUGAUUGACUUAUUUAUGGGUCAUAACUUGAUUACCGAUAUUCCCAAACAUGCCUUCAAUGGACUCUCUAGUCUUAAAGUAUUAAAUUUAGUCCGCAAUCGCGUAACAACAAUACAUUCACAAGCAUUUGUACCAUUAGUUUCACUAAAAGAUUUAAACUUAGGGGACAAUCGUUUCUCAACACUGCCUACAGAAGGACUACAAAAUAUAACAGAAAUCAAAGUCUAUGGAAAUCCUAAUUUAAAAGAGUUUCCACCGAUUGAGACAUUUCCUAAAGUGCAUACAUUAGCCCUUUCCUAUGCUUAUCAUUGUUGCGCUUAUAUUGGAAGAACCCAUUCGCCAACAAUUAACCCGAAGUCGUUGGAGGAGUCGAUCGUAUGGCUCGACAAAGAGGACGUGUGGAACACCAAUCUGACUGAUGUAUGGCCCGGUUAUGUCAACUUCUCGACCAAAUUUGAAGAGUUUGCUAACCAGUUGUGGAAAAACUUUGGCCGCGAUUAUGUCAUUCCCGAUAAUAUCGCUGAAUAUGCAGAACAGUAUUUUGAAGACUACAAACCAAAUCCAAAUUUAGAUGAAAGUCUUGUCACAAGUUUUCCUGUUCACUGUUUGCCACAACCAGGUCCAUUCAUGCCAUGCAAAGACUUGUUUGAUUGGUGGACAUUGAGAUGUGGUGUUUGGAUAGUAUUUUUAAUGGCUUUGUUAGGCAAUGGUGUGGUAGUUGUUGUGUUGAUAUUUGGUAGAAGCAAAAUAGAUGUUCCGAGAUUUCUGGUUUGCAAUCUGGCUAUCGCUGACUUUUUUAUGGGUGUCUAUCUGGGAGUGUUGGCUAUAGUGGAUGCUUCAACGUUAGGCGAGUUUAAGAUAUAUGCAAUCAGAUGGCAAACAUCGUGGGGCUGUCAAAUGGCCGGAUUUUUUGGAGUAUUCAGCAGUGAAUUAUCAGUUUAUACAUUAGCUGUCAUAACAAUGGAAAGAAAUUAUGCCAUCACUCAUGCCAUGCAUCUCAACAAACGGUUGUCCCUAAAGCAUGCCUCAUAUAUAAUGUCUAUCGGCUGGACUUUUGCUAUCUCGAUGGCUAUAUUACCUUUAGUAGGCAUUAGUGAUUACCGCAAAUUUGCUGUAUGUCUGCCAUUUGAAGUGGAAGACUCGGUCUGGUCUCUGACUUACGUUGUUUUCUUGAUCCUCAUAAAUGGUGUGGCAUUUCUUGUAUUAAUGGGUUGCUAUUUAAGAAUGUAUUGCGCUAUCAGAGGAUCUCAGGCCUGGAAUUCUAAUGACUCUCGAAUUGCUAAACGAAUGGCUCUCUUAGUAUUCACAGAUUUCCUUUGUUGGGCUCCAAUAGCUUUCUUUUCAUUGACAGCAGUGUCUGGUUUUAAUCUGAUCUCAUUAGAAGAGGCCAAAGUCUUUACUAUAUUUAUAUUACCACUUAAUUCUUGUGCAAAUCCUUUUCUUUACGCCAUUUUCACCAAACAAUUCAAAAAAGAUUGCGUUUUAUUGUGUAAACGUAUUGAAGAGUCUCGCGUGACUCGCGGUAUAGGUCGGUGCAGACAUUCAUCUAAUUUUUCCAAUAGACACACACCUGCUGUCUCUAAUUCAGCCAUUGAAAGGAAGAGCACCGGUAGUGACCAAAUGCCACAACUGGUCUGUCAAUGCGGUGUUCGUAAACCAAAGGUAUCCAUAGAAGAAGUCAGAUUACUAACUAGUCUUAAAUCACCACUCAGUUGGAGACAGAGGGCUAUUGAUUGGUUGAGUUUUAACAAAAAGACUGAUUUACUAAACUUUAGUAAUGAAAAUACAACCGAAAGCAAUGAUUGUCAGAAAUCAAAGGAAAGAGCUGUCGGAAGACUUCACAGUAUAUCGAGUGACAACAUUUCCUCGAGAUCUGACUCAUGGCGUAAUACAAACAUUCAAAUGAAGAAUAUUGACAAAACUAACCAAAAUAUUGGUCAUCAAAGCAAUACUCAGUCGGUUCGCGGCCGAAGAAAUUCAUGGAAUAUAUCACGAAAAACAUCGCAAGACUCGAGUAUGUCCUGCUCUCGACAGGAUUCGUCUUCGGCCUCGACAUAUACAAGUCGUAUCUCUCGGUCAUCAUUUAGUAGCGAAUCUUCGACUAAACAAACCAGUAGUUCCAACAACAGCGGUGCUGGACCUUCAGGCAUACAAAGCAAACAAGAACAAGGAGUGACCAAAAAGACACAAAUGGUUAGACAGAAAUCAAUUGAAGAGAACAAACAACAGAAAUCACCGCCAAAUCGAAUUGAAACCAAUUAUUUGUGUCACAACUGUUCCCGAAAGGACAUACAACAGACUCUUUCACCAAAAAAUAUAAUAUUUAAAAAUAAAGAAAUGGAAGAAAAGUUUAAUUGUUUUUACAAUCGAUUGGCCGAAGCGAGUCAAGAGGAGAGCAGCGAUGGUCACGAACCGGCUAUUGUGUCGUCCGAAUCGGCGGCCGAUAAUAGACUUGAUUUAAGUACCCAAAGCAGAGAUACAGCCGAGACAUCAAUAAUUGAUAGCAUCGUAUCUCAAGAUAAUGAAAAUAAUGAAUUGACAAUUCAGCCAUCAAUUGAAAUCGCAUCGCAAACUCCAGUCAUUGAUAAAUCAUUUGAAGAAUCAUUUGAUGAUUUGUGUCAAAGUAGAAGUCACUCGAGUCAGAGCACAAAGACUGCAAUUCAUUGUAGUGGAGAAACCAUUAAAAAUGGAAAUAAACUUAAUAUAAGUCCUGAAAAUAUAACCAAAACUCAUAGUAUGAUAGACUUUGGUUCUUCGGAAACCAUUAAACACAAGACUAGAAAAGUAUUGUCAGAAAUCUCAUUGAAAAAGUUAUCCAUAAAGAACUUGCCAUCACUUUUGAGAUCUUUGUCUAAUCAGACAAAUAUGAAUGCAAACAAAAAGCGUUUGAAAACGCUUCGGGAACACAAAUCUCGGACUUAUUAUCAAUCGGCAGAUAAUAUGAGUCAUUUAACUUCAAAAUCAUGUGAAACAAUAGAUCAUCAAUUGUCAGACUCUAUCCUUAAUAAGAGGAGAUCCACUGCUUUUGAAUUAUAUGAAAUCAGACAGCAAUUUGAUAAUUGCGAUGAUUGUAGUAAUCAUCAGAGUAUUUAUUGUGAUGAAGAAAGAGCUGAACUCAUGAGCGAUAAAGUUAUUAAUGAAAGUAGUAGUAGAGGUAGUAAUAGAGGUAAAUGUGACAAACAGGAGGUAAAAGUGCUCAAAGUUAGAGAAAGUUGUAGUUUUGUUACGAAUGAAGACGUGCCUCUUAUUGGGGACACAACUGUCCAAAUGUCUAAUAAUGAUUGCCAGUAA